AUGUUGGCGGUUUUUAAGGGUUUCCUGCAGCUGUCUCUUAAUGCUGUUACUCAGUUGAUAGCCAGGGACUCUUUCUGUGCAUCGGAAAUCGAUAUCUUCUGCGCGAUUCGGGAUUGGGUAAAGGCACGUCCGGAAAUGCAGUCGGCCGCAGCGGAAAUGUUGACGAAAUGUCUUCGACUUUCACUCAUAAGUCAGAGAGAUUUGCUGAAUAUUGUGCGCCCAUCGGGCCUUUUCCCUCCCGACACCAUUCUUGAUGCUAUCGAAGAGCAAAGCAAGAAGCGCACAACUGAUCUUACCCAUCGUGGUUUUCUAAGUGAGGCAGAACUCAGAUACUCUUUUAAAUCACAGUAUCGUUUUUCCUUAUCCUUUAAAUUUUCCAAUUGGCGUUUUUUUUUUGCAGCCCCAAAUACUAACAUUGCGACCGCUCAGCUUGGCGCUACCGUCAUAUCUGGAGAGGCACCAAAUGUACUGCUCAGUGAAGCUGGAGGUAUGCAUUGCCAUGAUGACAUUCUUUGA